GUGAUAACAAGCAUCGUUUAUCGUUGGAUUGUUGUAAGAAAACAUUAAAAAUGAGUGAAGCAGCUUCUCCAAAGAAAAUCGCACCCAAGAAGAAACCUGCUGCAAAGAAGACAGCUGAUCACCCUAAAUAUGUGGACAUGAUCAAGGCUGCUAUCGCUACCCUAAAGGAACGCGGUGGUUCAUCUCGCCAAGCUAUUACAAAAUAUAUUCAUGCAAAUUACAAAGUUGCUGAAAACUCAGAUCAUCAUCUGAAAAUGGCUCUUAAACGAGGAGUAACAUCAGGCGAUUUGAUUCAAACUAAAGGCACUGGUGCUUCUGGAUCAUUCAAGCUAGGUCAGGUAAAAAAAGAAAAACCUAAGAAAAAGGCCGCAGCAAAAAAGCCAACGGCAAAGAAGCCUACUGCAAAGAAAAGUACACCAAAAAAGAAGCCAGCAAAGAAGAGCACGCCAAAGAAAGCAGCAAAGAAGCCUGCCACAAAGAAAGCCUCGGCUAAGAAACCAGCAGCUAAGAAACCCACAAAGAAGCCUGUUGCUAAAAAACCUGCAGCAAAGAAGGUCAAAAAGACUCCCAAAAAGGCAGCAAAGAAGACCGCAAAAAAAUAAUUUGUGUGUAUCUGGCUAUUACAUUAACAAACGGCUAUUUUUAUAGCCACACAUUUACAAAAAAACAUUAUCUUGGUACAAAGUUAAACUUGUUUAAGUCACUUAAACAGUUAAAAAAGAGUAAUUUUAAGAUUA